AUGACCACCUCAGCCCGGCAUUUAUCCAUUCCAUCUUCAUCGGGACAUGGCAUGCCAAAACCCUCCUCAUCAGCCCCAUCAUCGCCGACAACUCUUCGACCAAAACAGGGUUCAUCUCCAUCGCCGCCAACAAUCCGAAAGAAAGCUGUCAAAUCAACAGAUCAAGUACCAGAUCUCCUCGAUGUGCCCCAAGAGAAUAAACCACAUUUCCACCAAAAGCUCAAACUGAAGAUCAUCGACUUUGACGCCGAGAUCGAAAAAAUGAAAAAUGACUCAGUAAACGCUUCCCGACAAAUGGUUUUCGACAUCGAAGUCGCCAAUAUGGAGGGAAUUCGAGCACUUUCGAUGCUAGAAGAACAAGACGAAAAACUCGAUCAAAUCCAAACCGAUCUCGAGACGAUUCACAACGAUAUGAGCGAAGUGAAAAAGGAUAUCGGAAAAAUGAACCGAGUGCUCGGCUGUAUCCCGAAGAAAAUCCUCAGCUGUAUUCCUAUCAGCAAGUGCUCUCGAUCAAACACCGCCGAUUUCGAAGUGUACCGAAGAGCCUCACAGCCGGCUAUACAAGUUUCACUAAAGAAAAACAAGCUACACGAGAAACGAAGCGAGACUCCAACACACAGGUUAACUGGUGACUCAGCAGCCGAAGAUGAGUUGGAAGCAAAUUUGAGACAGGCGAAUGAAGGAGUCAACAACUUACGCCAUCUUUCGAUUGACAUCCACUCGCAACUGAUGAUCCAAGAUCCCAAGUUGAACAUGCUAGUCUCUAUGGCCGAAAACAGUUCUGCGGCGCUCGGCGGUGCACACAAAGAAGUGAAAAAGCUCAUCGGCGAU